AUGGGGAAAUUAUCGAUGUGGUUGGGCGCGAGGGCGAUGGGAAGCUACAUGUGGCCGCUAACCUACCUCUGUCUACUCCCCGCCGUCGUACUUCCCUGUCUCUGCCUCCUAGCCUCCGAGGAGCGCCCCAAGAGGAUCUUCGAAGAGUUUGGCUGCUUCUUCAACACCGUGCUGUCCAUAUAUCUUAGCCUCAUCCCACUCUCUGCCGAAUCAAACCAACGCCCGUUGAUACCCGCCUUGGCUGUCUUAGCCUUGUCCACUGCGACAGCACUGUCGGCAGUCGUACUCUCUUUCUUCAAAGAGGAGGCCAAGGUGAAGGCUUCCUACGGUAUGCAGCUGAUUUUGGGGCCAGCGCUGAAUUAUGUCUUUGCCACCAUUAUCAGCGCUUAUGCCCCGACCCUAAAGAAUCAACCGGACGCCGUGAACCGUAGCCCGGACCCAAUGUUCGCAGCGUACCCCGCCAUUAACGACAGAGAGCCUGGAGCCCAGCCACAAACCUUCAAAAUGUCGACAAUCCUGCCGCCUCCGUCCAAGAAACAAAAGAGGGAAACCCUCGAACGUACCAAGACACAACAGGAUGUAUCCCGGCCAGUGUCGACAGAGGCAGGGUCCUUCAAGGCCCGCUUCGUUGACGGGGACGGCAACCAAUUGGCCGAUGUGAUUGAAGUGCCGCUCGCAGAUGCGAGCGAAAAGAAUAUUUCGCUACUGCUCAAUACUUUAUUAGGAAGGGAUCGAGAAGAGUUCUUGCCCUACCGCUUCCGUGUUCACAUUCCCGACUCCGACAUCAUUGUCGACCAAUACCCGACAGAUCUCCUCCAACUCCUCAGAAGCCAUGGUAUAUCCAACCCUUUCGAGACGACAAUCACCCUCGGCGCCGAGCCGCAGGCCGUCUUCCGCGUGCAGAUGGUAACGCGCAUGGCAAGCAAGAUACCGGGCCACGGCGAGGCGAUCCUAGCGGCCCAAUUUAGCCCCGCGAGCAGUAGUCGGUUGGCGACCGGGUCGGGCGACAAGACGGCGCGGAUAUGGGAUACCAAUACGGGGACGCCAAAGCAUACCCUGGCGGGACACGACGGCUGGGUGUUGUGCGUGUCGUGGUCGCCGGAUGGCAAGCGGUUGGCGACUGGGAGCAUGGACAAGACGGUGCGGCUCUGGGAUCCGGAGACGGGCAAAGCUAUCGGCGCCGGGGCGUUUAGGGGCCACGGCAAAUGGGUCACGAGCUUGGCGUGGGAACCGUAUCACCUCUGGAGGGACGGCACGCCGAGGCUGGCGAGCGCGAGCAAGGAUGCGACUAUUCGCGUGUGGGUUGUGAAUACGGGUGUUACGGAGCACGUCCUCUCGGGCCACAAGAGCAGCGUCAGCUGCGUAAAGUGGGGCGGUACAGACCUCAUCUACAGCGCGAGCCACGACAAGACGGUCAGGGUAUGGGACGCGAUCAAGGGAACGCUCGCGCAUUCCCUUUCUUCGCACGCGCACUGGGUGAACCAUCUCGCGCUGUCGACGGACUUUGCGCUGAGGACGGGUUACUUCGACCACACUCCCGUUCCUGACAGUGAGGAAGGGAAGAGGAAGAAGGCGCUGGAGAGGUUCGAGAAGGCGGCUAAGAUCCAGGGCAAGGUGUCGGAGAGGCUUGUUUCUGCGAGCGAUGAUUUCACGAUGUAUUUGUGGGAUCCGUCGCAGGGGACGAAGCCUGUGGCGCGAUUACACGGGCACCAGAAGCAGGUGAAUCAUGUCACGUUUUCACCUGAUGGGACGUUGAUUGCGAGUGCGGCGUGGGAUAACCAUACCAAGAUUUGGAGUGCAAGGGACGGGAGGUUUAUCAACACUUUGCGGGGCCAUGUGGCGCCGGUGUACCAGUGCGCAUUCUCGGCCGAUUCGAGGCUUCUCGUGACGGCGUCCAAGGAUACGACGCUCAAGGUGUGGUCGAUGGCGUCGUUUAAGCUGGCUUCUGACCUGCCGGGACAUCAAGAUGAAGUCUACGCAGUGGAUUGGAGUCCGGACGGACAGCUUGUUGGCAGCGGAGGCAAGGAUAAGGCGGUGAGGUUGUGGAGGCAUUAG